UUAAAAUAAUAGUUUAUAUAUUAAAAUUAAUUGAGCAAGGUUAUAAAGCCUUUAUUCUAUAAUUAACAUGUCGUUGGACCUUUAUUCAUUUAAUCGGAGCAGCUAUUGCCGGGCUGUACUCAUGACAGCCAAGGAGUUAAACAUUGAUUUGAACGUGAUUGAGAUUGACCCUGGUCCUGAAAUAUGGAGCCCUCAAUUUUUAAAGGUAAACCCAAAUCACAAUCUGCCGACUCUGGACGACAAGGGGUUUGUUUUAGUGGAAAGCCGGGCAAUAAUGCAAUACCUGUGCAAUCAGUACCGGCCGGACAGCACUCUAUACCCGCGCGAGCCUAAGGCCCGGGCGCUCGUCGACCGGUGGCUUAACUUUGAUUUUACAUUAAUGGAGUCAUCCAAACAGGGAGUGUUGUGGAAAUUGUUAACGGGUGCGGAUCCGCCACCAGAAAAAGUGUUGGCCUUCAAAAACAAUCUGAAACUAUUUGACCAGUUGUUGGGCGACAAUCAUUACGCCACCGGCGCUCAGCACUUGACUAUCGCCGACCUGACACUACUGGCCUCAACGGCCGUACUGUUGACCACACAAUACGAUCUGAGCGACUGUCCAAACGUCGAGCGUUACUUAAACACACUGUCCCGGGAGUUGUCAUAUUAUGCCAUGAUCAAUUUGAGUCAAUAUUCACCCGAGGCUACGGCAAAAUGGGUGGGCAAUAGUCAAAAGUAUAUUCGUCGCAAAAUG